GACGAAGCUGUGAACAAGACUACAUACCCGAAGCUGAUGGGGAUGGACGGCGCCAAGAAGGAAGCGCGCAGGUACAGAGGGAAGCUGCACCCAAUACUCGCAAACCGGCACCUCGAUACACGCAUCAAAUUGACGGUUUUGAAGAGCAUAAUCGUACCGCCCCUAGAGUACGCGGGAGAAGUAUGGGAAGGAAACAAGAAGGUAGUGAAAGAACUCGAGGCGGCGCAGAUGAAAGCAGCGAAAACCAUCCUAGGAUGCUCCAAGCGCACAAGUAAUGCAGCCGUCAGGGCAGAAUUGUGGAUCCAAUCCCUACGGUCGGGAAGAGACGCGAGGAAGCUGACAUGGCAGUAUCGCAUGUGCGGGAUGGAAGAGGAGAGGUUGCCGAGAAUUGUAUGGGAGGCGAAGUGGGCAAACAAAAAGAGGGGUAGACAACCCACGGAAUGGGUCAAGGUUGUAGAGGACGUAUGGAAGGGGCUCGACAUCG